CUUCUUCUUCUUCUUCCACUCUUCCUUUCUCAGAAACUAACCCUAGAAUAGUGACUCAAAUUCUCCGCGAACCCAACUUAAAAUGGCCGAAGAUGACCUUGUAUACUGUGAACAACAGCUGAUUGGGUCCUUGGAUCCCAGUUCGUCAAUGGUUGUCAUCAGAGAAUCGCCAAUUUUCGCCAAGAACGAUCUUAUUGUUUUCCCGCCGAUUAACCACGAGAAUCUCCAGGUCGUGUCUUCCAUCUAUGGAGUCGAUAGGUACCUCGAAUCGCCGUCGGAGUCCUCCCUUUCAUCUUCGUCGAGACGCUCUGGUUCAUUUUCGUCUUUUUCCCUGUUUCCGUCUGAUUCAGACGGACAAUUAGACCCGAAGUCUCCAUCGGAAACUGAAGGCAAAUCUCCGCCGUCACUAGGCGGCGAAUCUCCACCGUCAGAUUCAGAUGGACAUUCGCUAUUGACGGUAUGCCAAUUUGACCGGGAAUCUCCGCGAUCGCCUUCUGAACAAUGCGGCAAAUCUCCACCGUCCGAUUCAGACGUGAAGAAAUCUCCGUGGGAACCGUUGUACCGUGAAGCUGAUGUUUCCCAAGUUUGGUGGGAGCUUCUUCUCGUACGUGUAUACUCUAAGUUGAAGAAUUUAGUGACCUGGUUCUCAACGACUCUCCGAUCACUUUAUCCAGUCCUUGCCUUUGCGAUUUGGUGGUGGAUGCGUGUACGAGCUCGUCGGAGACGUGUCAAAGUAGAAACAACAGGUCGUCUUCAAGAUGCGAUCAAAGAGAGAGACGAGAAAAUAGUUCAGCUUUUGCAACAGAUUGCUCAAAUGAACGAGUUACUGGUAAAACACCACAAGGACAUCGUAUCAAGAAGAUGAUUCAUCACAAAAUUCAUACUCUUUAGCUUUACUGAUUCUUUUGUUUCUUGUUUAUAUUCUUUUGCAAGUCAUGUAAAAUUCUUACAUUUCAAAUUUCUCGAAUUGAGGAAACAAGUAAACUUUUCCCAA